AUGCGCACCGCGUGCCUCGCCUUUCUCUCGCUGGUCGCCGCGUUGCACAAGCGGACGCCGCAGCACAUGAUGGACGUCCAGCAGCAAUACAAGGUCUGCUCGGGAGAGGCUGACUGUGGCACCGGGUACACCUGCGCGCCCGCGGACGCGGGUGCCAUCUUCAACCUCUGCCAGCGCACGCCGGACGUCGCCAUCGUGUUGACGCCGCGCAAUGCCUCCAGCGCGGCCAAAGCACCACGCGCCGCGUCAUGGCUCGUGCUUCAAAACCCUCUUGUCACGGGAAAGACCAUCAAGUCGGUACCUAACGUGACGCUGCUCGACGAGUGCACCACGCUAUGUGCUGUCGAGCCCAAGUGCUAUGCCGUCGCCUUCAACACCUCAUCGUGGCCCGCCAGUACGUGCGAGUUGAAGCCAUCUCCGCUGACGUUGUCAACCAACGCCACCACCUUUCUCUCUGCGACCAUGUACCCCGCGAGCUACACGUGUACCGCUCACGCCACCUACGCUGGACGCGACACGUUCAAUGCGUCGGGCAACUUGCAAGACUGCUUCAAUAUCUGCAACUCCAGAGCGUCGACCUGCAAUGCGUUCUCGUGGGCCAUAGACCCGACGCCAGGCACGGUUCUUGGACGCUGCUAUAUGAAGACAGUGCCGUCUGGAGCCGAGGCUGUCCUAACCGAUGCAACGUGGGUGACGUGCAAGCGAGCUGCUUGAGCCUUGCUCGAGCUACCCAUACGUCAUCGCGUUUCGCGCAUUUACUCCAGCACUAACGUGUGUAAAACCGCUAGUUUCCUCUCC